GUACAUACGAUGGAUAUCGAAAAAUUAAAGUGCAUUGUUUGCCAUAAGUUUCCAGAUGGUGAAGUGUACGAGUGUGCCAACCAGCAUUUGGGUUGCAAACAGUGUGUGGAGUUGCUGGCCAAGAAAAAGUGCUACCAGUGUUCAAAGUACUUCGAAAAGAAAAAGGCUAAUCCGAUCGAGCAGCUGGUGAAAAAUGCGAAAACAAAUUGUCCCUUUAAAGUAUCCGGUUGCACUUGGGCUUUCAGUCCGGUGGACAUGCACUCCCAUGUGGAAGAGUGCAAGUUUCGUCCUUAUCGAUGCGUUGCGGCUAAGUUGAAAAUUUUAGGAUGUAACUGGACCGGGCUGCAGUAUGAAAUCGACAAUCAUCUUCGGAAGGACCACGUCGUGCUGGGUAAUGCAUUUAGCUACUAUCAGGAAUCUGAGAUCCCGUUUUCGGCAACAAAAUCCAGAGGCAGCAUCAAGCUGAUUGACGCUUUUAGCAAGCAAUUUUUGUUCUAUUUUUUCUCCAACACCGAAACCCAAAAGGUUUAUUUUAUGAUUGUUUAUUUUGGCCGACGUGAGGAAGCUCGCCAGUACUAUUACGAAUUUGAUAUCCGAUCUCAAGAUGAGAAGGACAUUCGACGCAUUAAAUAUGUCGAACAAUGUGCUGCAGAUUGCGAUGAUUUGCUAAAUAUGAUUGAUGAAGAAAAGUGUGUAGUUGUGUCGUUUAAGACAAUAAAACACUUUUUGCGUGAGGAUUCAAAGAUUCCCUUCCGUUUUAUCGUAAAGAAGAUUGACAAGGAAUCAGAACCGACUGAUAGGGUGCGUCGGGUAUCUGAAAGUAACAGCCAAGAAAAGAAGACCAAAGCUCCCAAACCAACGCCUUUCGUGUUUCCACAAAAGGGACAAAUAAAAGCCAAUGCAAGUCGUAGUGCACCCGUUGGAGGUACAUCAACGGGUCCCAGCGGCGGGGGCAAACCGCAGUCUCCAAAGACGCCAAGUGACCAACCGCUUCGGAAAGUUUCUGCUCCAGCCAACCUGUCCAAAAAUAGCGUGUCAAACUCCGGAUCGGAUCAAAGGAAUCCCUUUGAUAUCUCUUCGAUCAAUAGAAUGGCUGCAACUGGGGAAGGCUCACCGAUUCUAAAGGUGGAAUCCUCCCCUUUGCUGACUCCAUCGAUCAAUCGUAACGAUGCGCCGCCAUCGUACAAUACCCUGACGGCUACGUGCCGUCUGUCCACUCAACCGUACAAAAUGACCGAAGAUCGAAUAUAUCUGCAAAAGUAUCCGGAGAAUUGUCUGACAAAGCCGUUGUUCAAGCGGUAA